AUGGCGGCGAUAAGAGUCACAGCCAGUGCGGUUAUGGUUGCGCGAUCAAUUUUCCGGCCCAGGCUUCUUCCACCAAUCUUUUCUCUCCAGGUAUUGCCGGUGAAUGGCUUUAGAAGGAUUUGCUUACGAGCUCCGGCCGGAUUUUGUGCUGUAAGAUGCUCCUCAACGAAGUCCGGCGCUGGAGCCGGCGAGAAGAAGUCUCCGGCGCGGCUGGCUGAGGUCCAACGGCUUAUGAACAAAGCUAAGGAACGGUACAAAGACGCAGGAGGUGGCGCAGAGCCCAUCCCUCAAAUAAGUCUAGAUCAUGUUACCGUAAGUUAUGCUAGGAGUGGUGGGCCAGGGGGACAAAAUGUCAACAAAGUAAACACCAAGGUUGACAUGAGGUUUAAUGUAAAAAAUGCGCAUUGGUUGAGUGAAAGGGUGAGGGAGAAGAUAAUGCAAAUGGAGAAGAACCGGAUCAAUAAAGAUGGGGAGCUUGUGAUAUCUUCAACAAAGACUAGAACUCAGAAGGGCAACACUGAAGAUGCUUUGGCGAAAAUACAGGCUAUCAUCGAUGCUGCUUCAUAUGUGCCGCCACCUCCUUCAGAAGAGACAUUGAAAAAGAUUGCCAAACUGUCUGCUGCUGGGGAACAGAAAAGGCUGGAUAAGAAGAAAGCCCUGUCACAAAAGAAAGCACAAAGAAGAAGCCGAGACAGCUGGGACUGA